CAGGUUUAUUAUUUCCGGAUCGUCUCAGCGCAAUAAAGUGCGCAAUGAAGUGGAGUAACUAUUAGCUCUGUGUUUGGUGAAACCAAGAGAAAUACGUUUGUUUUUCUUCAAGAAAGCUUUGACAGAUGGAACAAACUGGAGCCAAAUGGAGCAGCUGUGUUGGACAGUUUUGUGCUUCGAUAGCCGCGUUAUUAUUGCUGUGGAUGAAUGGACUGUCCCUCGUGCAGAUGGCCCACUGCUCCGUCACGUACAGACACCAACCAGGAGCUCCAGUGUUGGUGGAUGAGGCAGAAGCUGCAUCCUUCCUGUCCCGUUCACUGCUCUAUAACAGCUGGGACUUUGAGCUGGUUGUGCCUGGUGAUAUGGAGAGAGAGUGCAUGGAAGAGAUUUGCAACUACGAGGAAGCCAGAGAGAUUUUUGAGGACGAUGCGAAGACGGAAAAAUUUUGGAAAACGUAUACCAAUCAAGGUAGUACAAACAGACUGGACGUGUCAGGUCUGGUGGCAGGGAUCCUGGCUGUGCUAGUGUCUGCUGUAAUUGCCACGGUGCUGGGAGUGUACUGCUACAAAGCCAAGAAAAAGGGUGCACGGAGGUCUGGCCGAUCCCCAGUACAAAUUGCAGUAGAUGGGCACACAUCAGCUCCGGAGACGGUGCCCCUAGGUGGGAUCACUGCACCAGGUCUGCCUAGCUACAAUGAUGCCCUGAAUCACAGUGGGCAGCACGAUGCUCCACCACCACCAUACUCAGGGGGUGCGCCGUCGGUGUCUGCUGAUCCAGGUGACAAUGAAUGAAAGCCCUGCAGGUCUCUGUGUGAAACCUUAACACUGAUGGUUUGGGGAAAAUUUCUGGUUGUUUUUAAAAAUAUUCAUAUUUUUUUAGGA